ACAUCACUCGGUUACACGUAAUGCCAUGGCGAGGGAAAAGAAAAGCGAAAUAAAAUUGGACUAAAUCUACUUCCUGAAGACAACAGCAUGUCUCAAAUUAUUGUUCGUGUGCAAUCCCGUGAAGGGACAUGUAGAAUAAAGUGCUGUAUCACGGACACUAUCUCCUCAUUUCUAACUAAGGUUGCAGAAGAGCUUGCCCUUCCAAGAAGAGGAUGGACCCUAUUUCAAAAUAGAGACAAAAAGGGAGAGAUUAAGACCUCUACACGGAAGACUCUGUCUUCACUUGGAAUAAAGCAUGGUGAUAUGCUUUUCUUGUCUCAGGAAAUUUCAGCAGCUGAUAAAGAGGUGCCAGCAAAUUCAGCUCACCUUACCUCAUCUAAUAAUGUCAAGGAAGAUGAAAUAGAUAGUUUUCUUUCCAAGCAAAAUGGUCUAAUCCAUAGAGAACGAGAUCCUCAGCUAUGUCAUCACAAUCCAAACAGCAAAUGUAUUCAUUGUGUACCUCUUGAGCCUUAUGAUGAAGAGUACUUAAAGAAUCACAAGCCACCCAUCAAACACAUGUCAUUCCAUGCAUUCCUUAAGAAGCUAGGUGGAGGUACAGACAGAGGAAAGUUUACAGUACUGGAGGACACUAGUUGUAGAAUAAAACCUGGAUGUACAGAACAUCCACCAUGGCCUGGUGGAAUUUGUACAAAAUGUCAACCUAGUGCUAUUACACUGAAGAGACAAGUGUACAGACAUGUAGAUAACAUCUUAUUUGAAAAUCCCUUUAUUGUGGAACCAUUUCUGAACUACUGGAGAAAAACAGGAAAUCAGGCAAGCAGAUUUACUUUCAAAUGUUUGCUUUGUGUCCCAUGCGGCCCUAGGUGCCACGUGGCACGCUGGGGACAGUUAGUUAAUACACCAGACAGUAUAAAGCUUUUACCAGACCCCGCUGAGGCAGUCGUCGAUAAACUAGCCGCUGAGCUUGGCCUUCAGAAGGUCGGCUGGAUAUUUACAGACCUUGUAGCAGAUGAUGUUCGGAAGGGCACGGUAAAACACCUACGAGAUAUCAAUACGCACUUCCUCACAGCCGAAGAGUGCAUCCUCGCAGGACAGUUACAGAAUCAACACCCUUCACCGUGUAAAUUAUCGUCUAAUGGCAAGUUUGGAUCGAAGUUUUCCACUGUUGUUGUUUCAGGCAAUAUGGACAACCAAGUGGGCUUUGAUGGCUUUCAGGUGUCUAAUCAAUGCAUGGCUUUAGUACGCGAUGACUGCCUGGUACCCACAAUAGACGAACCAGGCCUAGGCUAUAUCCGGGAAUCCUCAAGCGGUCAGUACGUCCCGGAUGUCUUCUAUAAGACUACAGAUUCCUACGGCAAUGAAGUGACCCUACUAGCACGCCCUAUGCCUAUUGAGUAUGUUUUAGUUCAGGUGCCAACUGCUUUCCCUGUAGAACCUCAGUUCACUUUUUCCAACCAGAUACAAGGAGAACCUUUUCCGUUGGAAAACCGCUCUAGAAUGGGAGAAUUACAGGAUUUUAACGCCUUAGUAAGAUACUUGAACCAGUUUUCUCCUGAUGACUUCCUGUCUGCCAUGUCAAAUUUUCAUCUUCUGGUAUUCCUCGCGACAUGUGAUAUGCUUCCUUUAAAGGAUCAUUUAGGAGAACUGUGUGCAGCAGUUAAAAAUAAAGAUACAAACGCCGCACACCGCUGGAGUAAAAGCGAGCAGUGGUCCACAGUGGUACAGCUCAUGCAAGCUGCAAAUGCUCCAUCUCCAGAACCUCGUGGUGGAGGAGAUGUGGACAUGGUCGAUAUGUCUCAGUCCCCCAGUGGUGCAGGCUGGACGUGCAAGCAUUGUACCUAUAUUAACCAACACGGGCACGAGAACUGCGACAUGUGCGGUCUUCCCGAACACUGAGCAACGAUUGCGCUGUUAAGAGAUGGCUCGAUGUCAUUAGCAAGAACACACUGAGGGACAAGGCACAAGGAAGGGGAUUAAAAAGUAUCGUUAUUUGAAGUCAGCUGUCAACCACUUGAGGAAUGUUUGCCUGUUUGAGACGUUUAGUCCAAGAAGUGGGAAGACUGUCCGCGCGUUAAAUUUGAUUCCAGCGGACUUGUUUCUGUCGCUGUUUAUUUAAGCGCCAUUCAAAACCACGUCAACUCAACUGCAAGAUUGAGAGAUACGUCUUGAUUCUGAAAGGAAAUUAAACUAUUCGCCAAACAUUUAGACACGUUCAGGUCCUGGCGUAACGGUGUAAAGGAGGAUACGGAAAGAUUACACGGAGAAGACGCUUCACGACAGCAAAUAAAACAGCCAUCAUUUCGAGCAGUC